AUGUCAAAGCCCGAGCCCAUAGCCAUUUGCGGCAUUGGUCUGCGGUUACCUGGCGGCAUCAACACCCCAACUUCACUGUACAAUUUCCUCAUCAACCGCAAAGAUGCGCGCUCCAAACCAGAUCGUCCGCGAUACCACUCGCAAGACCACCACUUCACAGCGAGCGGCAAAUCAGGACCUUUACCGACAGAGGAAGGAUACUGGCUCUCACACGACGAUGUAUUCAAAUUCGACCCGUCAAUGUUUUCUAUGAACCCCAAGGAGUUGCUGAAACUAGACCCUCAGCAGCGGCUGCUUCUGCAAGUCGUCUGGGAGGCGCUGGAGAGUGCUGCAGAAACAGAUUGGCAAGGGCAGAGGAUUGGGUGUUACGUGGGCAGUUUUGGAGAUGACUGGCGAGAAAUGCACGCCAUUGAUGCUCAAGACGAUGGCAUGUAUCGCUUGACAGGAUACAUGGAUUUUGUGCAGGCAAAUCGCAUUUCUCAUGCAUUCGAUCUUAGAGGCCCAAGCAUGACCGUCCGCACAGCAUGCUCAGCUGCCGGUCUAGCAGUCCACCUAGCCUGCCAGGCAAUACGUGCCGGCGAAUGCGACUCCGCGAUCGUUGCCGGGGCGAAUUUGAUACUCUCGCCAGGCUUCACCAAGCUCAUGGCCGAGCAGAGCGUACUUUCGCCCGAUGCUUCGUGCAUGACGUUCGACGCCAGUGCGAAUGGCUAUGCCCGUGCAGAAGCCAUUAAUUGCCUCUACAUUAAAAAGCUCGACUGCGCGAUCCGCGACGGGAAUCCGAUUCGUGCUAUUAUUAGAGGGUCAGCAACGAACUCUGACGGGAGGACCCUUGGCUUGACAACACCCAGUGCACAGGCACAGCAGCAAUUAAUUCGUGAUGCAUAUCGACACGCCGGUAUACCAGAAAAUCAGAUGUGGCAGACUGCCAUGGUCGAAUGCCACGGCACCGGCACGGCUGUGGGCGAUACCAUUGAGGCGUGCACCGUUGGCGCCCUAUUCGGAGACAAGGGGAUGCUUAUUGGAUCAAUCAAGCCCAACCUAGGUCAUUCAGAAGCAGCUUCGGCAAUUUCCAGCAUAAUUAAGGCAGUCGUGUCUUUGGAAACGAGAACAAUCAUGCCCAACAUCAAAUUCGAUACUCCUAGUGUCAGCAUUCCCUUCACAUCAACAGGCUUAAAGGUGCCAACAGAACCACAGCCCUGGCCUGAGGAAAGGGCAGAAAGAAUAGGUGUCAAUAGCUUUGGAAUCGGCGGCACCAAUGUCCAUAUAAUCUUAGAAUCUGCUGCAACAGUAGGAAGUUCGGCAACGGUUCGAAGCCAUGGCAAUGUCGAGACGCCACCUCCUUCACCACCUCUGAGGAGAGAGCCAGCGACUCUGCUACUAUUCUCCGCGGGGCACGAGGAGUCACUCAAGAGGACCGCACAUAACUACCAGGAGUUCCUCCAAGCCAGGCCUGCAAAGUUGGAAGAUCUUUCAUACACGUUGAUGCAUCGUCGCUCUCACCUAUCGCAUCGCACUUUUGCGGUCGUCACCGAUGACUGCGACCAAUUGGCUUUCACCCUUCCCCCCGUGCCUAGUUUCCGAUCAGGCUCACAAAUUGAGGGGAUUGCUUUCAUUUUCACCGGCCAAGGCGCUCAAUGGGCGCGGAUGGGAUCGCAUCUGAUGAAAAGUAGUAGAGACUUCCUGCAGGAUAUCAGGGAAAUGGACGCGGUCUUGAAGAGUCUUCCGCAAGAGCACCGUCCAAGUUGGGAUAUCAGAAAUGAGCUCAUGAAAUCGGAUUCUACCUCCCGCCUCGGGGAAGCGGAAUUCGCCCAGCCCAUUUGCACUGCAAUCCAGAUUGCCCUGACCAGGCACCUUGCUAGAUAUGGAAUCGCCCCCAAGGCUGUCGUUGGCCAUUCCAGCGGUGAAAUUGCAGCUGCGUGCGCGGCCGGUGUCCUCACCCUGAAGGAAGCGAUUAUUGUCGCCUACUACCGAGGGUUCAUGGUCAAGGAAUCCAAAGUUCAAGGUUCUAUGGCUGCCAUUGGACUUGGAAGAGAGCAAGUCACGUCAUUCUUGACGACUCGAGUCGUCAUCGCUUGUGAGAACAGCAAGUCUAGUGUGACUUUGUCCGGGGAUACGGACGCCCUUGAGGCAGUUUGUAGUGCAAUCAGGUCUGCUCGACCAGAGGUUCUAGUUCGUUUGCUAAAGGUUGACAAGGCAUACCAUUCUCAUCACAUGCGUGCAGUUGGCAUCGAGUAUCAAUCUCUUCUCAAGACAUACUUGAGGCCCAAAUCGCCAAAAGUCCCUUUCUACUCCAGCGUCUCAUCCCAAACACUCGAACGAGCCUCCGACUUUGGCGCCGAGUAUUGGCAGCGAAACUUGGAAUCACCAGUUCUCUUCCGACAGGCUGUGGUACGACUUCUCCAAACUUCGUCAACCACAUUACAUCUAGAAGUCGGCCCACACUCAGCGCUGGCCGGUCCCUUAAAGCAGAUUUACACGGAGAUGGCCAUCACUCCGUCUUACUUAGCCGUGCAAAAACGAGGCUCGAAUAGCGCAGCAGCCUUCCUUGCUACCAUCGGCGAGAUGCACUGCCGAGGCGUCCCCGUCAAAUUUCCCAUACCUGAUGGGGCGCGACCGUUGACAGACCUGCCACCGUACCCGUGGCAUUUGAGCAAGACCUUCUGGCCGGACUCACGGGUUACCCAGUCCUGGCAGUAUCCCGAACACUCGCCACACGAGCUGCUCGGAUCACGCUCUUUAGAUAGUACAAGUACAGCCCCGAGUUGGAGAUGUCUUCUGUCACUGGACAAUGUUCCUUGGAUUGCGGACCAUUGCGUCGGCUCGGAUGUUGUGUUCCCAGCUGCCGGGUACAUCGUGAUGGCUGGUGAGGUCGUCCGGCAGCUUUCUGGGCAGGCGCCCUACACCAUUCGUGACUUACGAAUCGCCAAUGCUCUUGUUCUUCCUCGGGGGAACAAGAUCGAGCUUUUCACUUCUGUGAGAAAAGAAGAGCUCACCCGUGAGGAGACUUCGGAGUGGUGGGAGCUCACUAUCCAAAGUCGUACUCCAGCCGGCACAUGGACAACGCACUGCAGAUGUCGUGUCAGAGAUGGUCGCGUCUCUAAGGAACCGGGUUUCCCCGGACUUGAUCCAAAGUCUUUCCUCCGUUCUGUUGAGCCUGCACAAUGGUACAAAGCCAUGUCACGGGUGGGAUACAGAUAUGGCCCAAAAUUCCGAGGCAUGAGGAAGGUUCGCACCAGCGUCAAGUCGCCAGCUGUAUCGGUCGAAGUUUCUGAUGAACGAGAAACGCCAGAGCAUCAGUACGGCUAUGUCUUACACCCAGUCACGAUUGAUCUGAUGCUUCAGUCCCUCAUCGUCGCGAACCACUCCGGGGAACCUCGCUUCCUUCAAAGGCUGUAUCUGCCGACUCAUAUUGAUGAGCUAUUCGUCAGCUCGGAGGCCUCAAAGAUGGGUCUUCUGCUCCAGAGUGUCAAGCCUGGUAGUGGAGGAGACUAUCAGGGGGAUUGCUCUGGCACAUUGCGCGAUAGUCCCGGAGAUGAACCAGUCGUCUUCAUGAAAGGUCUCCGACUCUCUCCGAUUGACCUGGACCAUGCUACUGCAGGUACCACUGAUAGUUCAAAGGUUGCAGUCAUGUCUUGGGAACAAGAUAUUAGCCUGGCGCAUGCCACUGACUUAGUGUCAGCGGCAUCCGACUCCUCAUUCCCAGAGACACAUCAGCUACUCGAAGAGUUUUUUGUACUUUGCGGCGCAAUGGCACUCAAGGAGGUAGACGAAGCAGACAUACCGAUCACCGAGGCCCAAACACAUUUGGCAAAGCACUACAGCUGGCUCCGAUUCCAGAUCACUAAAUGUGACCCACAGCUGCUUCAAAAAGAAGCUAUAGAGAUUCGUGCGAAGAUCGAAGACAUCACCUCGAAGCUUGAGAAGACAACUGCAUCUGCUGUGGGCGUUCUUAUCAAACGUUGCUAUACACAUGCCCAAGCACUCUUUGACGGCACAGGUAGCCCGCUCGAGGUUUUCCUGAAAGACAACGCCCUCCACGAACUCUAUGACUGGAUGAACACCUUCUUUACCUACAAGCCUCUGUUACAACUUUUGUCUCACAAACGAGGUCGCCAUCUCAAAAUUCUCGAGAUUGGCGCCGGAACUGGGGGGUUGACUUCCCGCAUUCUCAAAGAUUUGGCGGACUGCUUCAAAGAUGGCAAAGUCCUCGGUACCUAUGUCUUCACUGAUGUCUCUGCUGGGUUCUUCCCGACAGCGAAGGAGCGUUUCCAUGACGUUAGUGCCGGGUUCCUGGACUAUCGCGUCUUGGAUAUCAGUCGCGAUCCAGCUGAUCAGGGGUUCAGCGGUGAAGAGUACGACCUCAUCGUUGCAAGCAAUGUGCUCCAUGCUACUCCGAAGCUGAACGAGACCUUGCAGCAUGUCAGGUCAUUGUUGAAGCCUGACGGAAGACUCUUGAUGCAUGAGCUGUGCUGCAACACAAAAUGGAUUAAUUUCAUCAUGGGUUACCUUUCGGGAUGGUGGCUCGGCGACUCUGACAACCGCCCAGUGGAGCCUUACAUUUCUCCAGAGCAGUGGGAGGAGCGUCUAUUUCAAGCUGGCUUCUCAUCUGCGGAGGUUGUCUACGAUGCCGGGCCGCAAUACAAGCUUAACGCCACGAUCAUUGCUCGUCCUGCUGCGCCGAGCCAAGGCAUCAGUCUCACUUCACAGCAAAUAACCUUGCUGUGCGAAGAGCAGUCACACCCAGUGGUAACUGAAAUUGAACAAACCUUGCGGCGUCUAGGUCACUCUAUCACCAUUUCAAAUCCUGAAUAUGACGGCUCACCUGCCGGCAGCAUCGUGGUAUCCGUUAUUGAUCUGUGCCGCGGCGACGGCUAUUUCCACGAUAUGACGAAAGUCAAGCUAGAUAACCUCAAGAGCCUACUGAAGACUCUUCGAGACACCAACUCGAGCCUACUCUGGCUUUCACGACCCUGCCAGCUCGGGUCGGUCGAUCCGACCUUCGCUCCAGUGCUCGGCAUCGCGAGAACAGCAAGAGUUGAGGUUGGAGUACAUUUUGCCACUAUGGAGCUUGACAGCAUUACUGCAGAUUCUCUAAAGGCUGUCUCCCAGGUCGCAAGCCGACUUUGCUCCCAACACGCGGCCUUGGUUUCGAAUAUGGGUGAAGAUAUGGAGUUCUCCUACUCUACGGGUCGCAUCCUGAUUCCGCGAUGCAAGUGGGCUCCAAUCUCUCGCGCUCUUGCGUCCCAAACUUCAAUCUCUUCAACAAAGAUGCUGCAGGUCUCGAGGCCUGGGGCCCUACAGACUCUGAAAUGGGGUUCUCGUCAAUUGCCCGACGAUAUACCGCCCGACCACGUCAAGGUUGAUGUCCACGCAGCAGGUCUCAACUUCAAAGACGUCGUCACUGCAAUGGGCCUGAUCAAGCCUUCGGCUCCAAGAGGACUCGGAUGUGAAGCCAGCGGUAUCGUGACGGCCAUAGGAGGUUCUGUGACGAACGCUCGGGUUGGUGACCGCGUCAUGGUCUUCGCGCCCGAGGCGGCCUGCUUCUCUACGGAGAUACUGGUCCCAGCACAGCUUUGCAUCCGCAUUCCCGAUACACUUGCCUUUGCUGACGCGGCUGGAAUGCCCUGCAUUUUCACCACGGUCCUUCGAGCCCUGGUAGAUAAAGCCGGCCUUAGGGCUGGUCAAACUGUGCUCAUCCACAGCGCCGCUGGUGGUGUUGGCAUUGCGGCCGUGCAAGUAGCUCGAUGGAUUGGGGCCAGAGUUUACGUAACUGUGGGCAGCGACGAGAAGUCAGAUUUCCUUGCCAGAGAGUGGGGUGUUCCUCCAGAACAGAUCUUCUCAUCUCGAGACGUCAGUUUUGUGGAGGGUGUGAAAGCAGCGACAGGUGGUCUCGGUGUUGACGUCGUGUUGAACUCUCUGUCUGGAGAGCUUUUACAUGCAUCAUGGGAUUGUGUCGCCCCUCAUGGCACCUUCAUCGAGCUAGGGAAGAAAGAUACCUUAGCGGGCGGUAAACUUGCUAUGGCAGCUUUCGAUGGGAAUCGGUCCUUCAUUGGCGUCGAGAUGGCGAAUCUGGCUGCUGAGAACCCUGCCAUCAUCUCCCGCUUGCUCCAGAAAUGUGUGGACUUGUAUCAGCAAGGUUACAUCCAUCCCGUGAAGCCUGCAAAGGUAUUCCCGUGCAGUAAGACUGAAGAUGCCUUCCGAUACUUGUAUCAGGGUACCCACAUUGGAAAGGUGGCCGUCGACAUGACCGAGAAAGAUGACGCGGCAUUGAAGGUAUCUCAAGUGCCUUUGCCUCCCAGCUUCCGUGAGCAAGCUACCUAUGUACUUGCCGGCGGCAUGGGUGGUCUGGGAGCAACGAUAGCGCGAUGGAUGGCCUCCCACGGUGCCAAAAGUCUGCUUUUCAUCUCGAGGUCCGCCGGACGCAGUAAUGACGAUCAAGCUCUGCUUUCAGAACUUCGUUAUGCAGGUUGCGAGGUCAAUGCCAUACCAUGCGAUAUAGCAGACGAGACGUCCAUGCAAGCGGUCAUUUCGAGACAUGCGUCAUCCAAACGGAUCGCGGGCGUACUAAAUCUAGCAAUGGUGCUUGCCGACGGUGCACUUUCGGACCUUACACUGUCACAGUGGCAAACGGCGACAUCGCCCAAGAUACGCGGGACAUGGAACCUUCACCGCACGCUGCCUCGUGACAUUGACUUCUUCGUGCUCUUUGGUAGCACGUCUGGUGUGCAUGGGUAUCCAGGCCAAGCAAACUACGCGGCUGCCAACACCUUCCUCGAUGCGUUUUCCCAGUAUCGCCGGGGUCUAGGUCUACCUUGUUCAGUGAUUCACCUAGGAGGCGUGGAGGAUGUGGGCUAUGUCAGUCGUACACGAGACGUUGAAGACGCCAUGACGAGAUCUGGAUCCAAACUUGUUUCCGAAGCCGACAUGCUACGAGGUCUUCAGCUCGCCAUCGCUGAAAGUCGACCAGUGGCCACGAGCGCAAACACUGGAGCACACUGGUCAGCCUCCAAUGGGCAACUGGUACUUGGUCUUGACUGCAGCACGUCUAUCAACGAUCCUAGUAAUCGAGUUGCGUGGAAGCACGAUCCUCGCAUGAACCUUUACCCAGAUAUUGCGGAGAAUGAGGUGGCCUCUCCGAAAGAGGCUGGGUCAUCAGGCUUAGCCGAAUUUCUAUCAAGUCUGCAGUCGCGACCGGAAGAGUUUGAAACGCCCGCGUCAACAACAUAUCUCGCGCAAGAAAUCGCCCGCCGGAUAUUUGGGUUUCUCAUGCGGGAGGUGGAUGAAGGCGGGGUUGACAUUACUCUGUCACCUUCAGGGCUUGGAGUCGACUCUCUCAUGACCAUUGAGAUUCGUAAUUGGUGGAAACACACUCUUGGUGUAGAAAUAAGUGUGUUGCAGCUGACAAGCGCGCAGAGCUUCGAUCAGCUCGGGCAACUUGCGGGAAGGCAGCUGAAAGACAGGAUGACGGCGCUCUCAAAGAAAUAG